GCCAGGUAGAAUGAGUGGCGCGGUGGGGCCAGAGGGGAGCCCCGGCUGGUGGCCCCCCGGGACCUAGCCAAGGGGUGCGAUAGACCAGCCAAGCCUCCUGGGCUGUAUGGGGGGACUACAGGAAAGUACCCAAAGAAGGACCCAAGUCAAGUCCCCCCAGCCCCGUGUGAUCACCUAGGACCGGGGGGGACCUGCCGGAUUCCCCCUUCGCCCUGCCCGCUGCCGCCACCAGGGUUUAAGCUGCGUGAAGACGUGUCCCGAGUGAUGGAGAAGCCAGGCCUUUCUUUCUGACGUAGCCUCUUCCCAUGUGACUGAGUGUCGGGGACACAGAAUGCCGGCAGGAGCAUUUUCCAUCGCAAGUAUCCGGGACUGUCUGGGGCUGGCAUGGAAGGGACAGCUGCCUCCUUCAGUGCUCUGCUCAGCUCCGCAUCUGUCACCUAAGGGGCAGCGCCUCUUGCUCUGGCUAUGCAGGUCAUUCAACAUUGAUGUCAAGAGAGCCCAGAUCUUCCAGGGUCCACCAGAGGCUCAGUUCGGUUACAAAGUCCUGCAGCACGAGGCCGGAGGGGAGAAAUGGAUGUUGGUUGGGGCGCCCUGGGAUGGGACAGCUGACAACCGGAAAGGGGACGUGUACAAGUGCGUUAUGGGUGCAAGAAACACCUCUGCGUGUGCCAAGGUCAACCUAGGUGACAUGGCCCUGCGGAACGUCUCCACGCAGAUCAGAAACAUGCACUUUGGAAUGACGCUCCUGGACAACAAAGAGAAUGGCUUUGUGGCCUGCGCCCCUCUCUGGUCCCAGGAGUGCGGCACCUCCAUGUUCAGCACGGGCAUCUGCACCAGGGUGGAUGGCAGCUUCCAGCCGACCGAAACCAUCGCCCCCACGGCUCAGAGGUGUUCUACCUACAUGGACAUAGUGAUUGUCCUGGAUGGCUCCAACAGCAUCUACCCCUGGUACGAGGUACAGAACUUCCUCAGCAACAUCCUCAGCAAGUUUUUCAUCGACCCGAACCAGAUCCAGGUGGGAGUGCUGCAGUAUGGGGAGAAAGCUGUCCACGAAUGGACCCUCCGGGAUUACCAGACAGCGGAAGAAGUGGUGGAGGCAGCGAAGAACAUCAGCCGGCAGGAGGGCCGGGAGACUCGCACGGCGUUCGCUAUCCACAAGGCCUGCUCAGAGGCCUUCAGCCCGGAGAGGGGGGGCCGGGAAGGAGCCACCAAACUCAUGAUCGUGGUGACCGACGGCGAGUCCCACGAUGGGGAUGAGCUGCCAGAGGCCCUGGCUGAAUGUGAGAAACGCAACAUUACGCGCUAUGCGAUUGCGGUCCUAGGUCACUACAUGCGCCGACAGCAGGAUCCCCACUCCUUCAUCAGCGAAAUCAAAUACAUCGCCAGCGACCCCGAUGAGAAAUACUUCUUCAACGUGAGUGACGAGGCGGCCCUGAAUGACAUUGUGGAUGCCUUAGGGGACAGGAUCUUCAGCCUCGAAGGGACUCAUGGAUAUAACGAGAGCUCCUUUGAACUGGAGAUGUCCCAGAUUGGCUUCUCAGCCCACCUGCUGGAGGACGGGAUUCUCUUUGGCACCGUCGGGGCGUACGACUGGGAUGGUGCUGUCCUCAAGGAGAGCAGACACGGCCAGAUCAUCCCGCCCAGGAAAGCCUUCGAGAAGGAAUUUCCGCUGGAGCUGAAGAACCACGCUGCCUACCUAGGUUACGCUGUCUCCUCGGUCCGGCUCCGGAACAAGAAGUGUCUCUACGUGGCGGGGGCACCGCGUUUUAAGCACAAGGGGAAGGUUAUCCUGUUCGAGAUGAGCAAUAGCGGGCGUGUGAUCAUAUCCCAGGCCCUCACUGGGGAGCAGAUCGGCUCAUACUUCGGCAGCGAAGUGUGCCCUGUGGACGUGAAUGGGGACGGCAUCACAGACGUCCUGCUGGUCGCCGCCCCAAUGUACCUGGGAGGUCAGAGCAAAGAAACAGGUCGGGUCUAUAUCUACAAAGUCGGCCAGCUGCUCCUGACAUUCAACGGGACCCUGCGUGCUGACAAGAAGCCCCAGGACUCCCGUUUCGGUUACUCCCUGGCGGCCGUGCCUGACCUCAACCACGACGGCUUUAACGACGUGGUGGUGGGAGCGCCCCUGGAGGACGGCCACCGGGGGGCCGUGUAUGUUUACCAUGGCUCCCGGGGCACCAUCCUGCCGCAGUACCAGCAGCGGAUCGAAGCCUCGUCCCUCCACCCGAGUCUGAGCUACUUCGGCCGCAGCGUGGACGGGCAGAUGGACCUGGAUGGGGAUGAGCUGGUGGACUUGGCCGUCGGGGCCCAGGGAGCCGCUGUGGUGUUGCGGUCGCGGAGGAUCGUUCAGGUCAAUGCCUCACUGGCCGUCAACCCCGCCUCCAUCAACGUGCUCCAGAAGAACUGCCAGAGGCACGGCAAGGACUCCCUCUGCGUCACGGCCACCGUCUGCUUCCGCGCCACCUCCAGGUCCCCGGGCCAGCGGGACAGGCAUUUCGGGAUCACGUACAGCAUGUCUCUGGACGACAGGAAGUUCGGCACCAGGGCCGUGUUCGACGACACCUCCCAGAAGCUGGUGCAGAAGCGGCUCCGAGCCAGCGUGGGAAGGGCAGCCUGCGAGCCGCUCCCCUUCCACGUGAUCGACACGACAGACUACCUGAGGCCGGUCAGCAUGACGCUGAAGUUUGCCCUGAGCGAUUCUGACCCGGGCCCCGUGCUGGACGAGAGAUCAUCCACCACUGUUAAGAAGAUGAUCCCCUUCUUCAAGGACUGCGGAGAGGACAAUGAGUGCGUCACGGACCUGGUGCUCCAGGCUAGCACAGAUCUCGCCGGCUCCAGGCAGAAGCCUCACGUUAUCCGCAAGGGGAAGAGGAAGGUUCUGGUGGACGUGGUCCUGGAGAACAAGAAGGAAAACGCCUACAACGCCAGCCUGAAGUUCUGGUUCUCCAAAAACCUCCACUUCUCCAGCCUCUCGCUCAAGGGGGAAACCCAGGUGAAGGUUGAAUGCGCGGCCCCCUCCCCGCACGCCCGCGCCUGCAGCGUGAGCUACCCCGUCUUCAGGUCCCUGGCAAAGGUGGCGUUCCUGCUCGAGUUUGAGUUCAGUUGCUCUUUCCUUCUGAACAGCGCGCAGCUGAAACUCACAGCCAGCAGCGACAGCAUCGAAAUGAACGAGACCCUGCACGAUAACACAGUGCAGCCCUUCGCCUACGUCACCUACGAGCCCGACCUCUUCCUCUCCAGCGAGGCCGCCCUGAACCGCUAUGAAGUGCACCCGGCGGGCACCUUCUCCAGCAGCGUCGGGCCGGAGUUCAAGACCACCAUCAAGGUCCAGAACCUCGGCUGCUAUACGGUCAGGAACCUCUCCGUCAUAAUGUACCUCCCUGCCAUGGCCUUCCGGCGCAGCUACUUCCUCUCCGUCACACACAUCAUCGCAGACAACGUUACCUGUGUCAUGCAAAACCUGACAGAGGCAACGCUACGGAGCCAGGCUGGAGUGAUUCCUAUUCACCCUGAAGAUCUCUUGCACGCAGACAGACUGAACUGCAGCAACUCCUGGUGCCAGAUGGUCAGGUGUGAGCUGGAGCAGCUGGAGAAGAACAUGGAGGUGUCCAUCCAUCUGCUGAGGGUGAUCCACAAUGACUUCUUCAGGAGGGCAAAAUUCAAAACCGUGAAAGUCGUCAGCACGUUUGCAAUUGUCACUGAAGAGAACAGCUUCCUCUUCCUCGAGGAAUCAGCGCACCGGCGAGAGACAGUCCUGGAGAUUAUCCAGCCCAAGCGCAUCCCCAUCUCCUUAUGGAUCCUGAUCGGCAGCAGCAUCGGAGGGCUCCUGCUACUGGCGCUGAUCAUAUUCUGUCUGUGGAAGCUUGGAUUCUUUACUCACAGGAAGAUCCAGGAAGAGGAGAAGGAUCAGUGACACUGCAGGGGCUGCCCUGCUCCGUUCCUUGCUACAACAAAUUCACUGUCUCUCAAGCCCCACCAUGCUCCAGCGGAUCCCACCUGCCUCCGAGGAAGAGCAGCAGGGGCUGGGCUGAGGAGCAGAAGAGACCGUUACUCGGUUAGCCCAUGAACAUUUUCUUUGGCACCCCCAUGGCUCCAAGGACCGUACCACCUUCCUCUCUCGCUGGUACCACAUGGGGUCCAACAGUAGAACCAGCGGAAGAAGGACCCCCUCCUGCUUGGGUUCACAACUCAAAAGAUGGUGUGCCAAGGUUGUGGGGGGGGGAGCACGCUAAUCCCGUAACCCUGCUAGUGCUCGUAAACUAAGCUGCAUGAUGGAUGCAGCUAGGUUCCCAAGUAUUUUGAGCCCAAAGGGACUAUGGGAAACCUUACUGGCUACCAAAGCAGGCACAAAAAACCCACACGCAUAAGCCAGGGUGGAUCUCCAAAUCAGCCACUCGACUUCAUCAGCUCAGGCCAGCUGAAAUUAGAAAGACAGCAGCAGCCGUCGGAUGCUGUCUCACAGAACCUAUUUCCACCUCUCCAGCUGCGGCCACCGGCGGUCGCGGCGUUUCCCACUGCACUUUGAGCAAUGUAGUCGUUGCACCUUGUUGCAGCCAGCCGGGGCUUGUCAAUAAAGUUUGCAGCGUGGUUUGCUAUGUCCUUUCCCGCUCUUACACGGGACUGUAAAGAGUUAACAUAAACCUCACCGCACACAGUCCUAUAGCAGAUGCUGUUUUAAGAGGGUGCAAGUCCAGUCACUCGGCUAUGUCUGCUCCAUCCCGCUUGGGGCUUCCCUUCACUUAGGGUGGUGCAAUGGGGGCUCAGGGCAUUCCUGCUGCAAGAGUAGGGCCGACAUUAGUCAUUCGAAACGGAGCCAGGCUUAGCGGGGGCGGAGUGAGCAGCCAGCAUCACAGAGGCUGCAGGGUGAGGAAUUAGAGGAACUGUCUGCGUGAACAGGACAGCUGGAAUUAGGGAAGGGAUGCCC